GUCAAAGGAGAUUGAGGCAGUUGGCUGCAAUGGGGAUGCAGCUUUCCUGGAGGUGCGAGUGCAGCAGUUGGUGAUCGAGUUCAUCCUGAAUCACGUGGAUCAGAUCUUCAACAACAACAGAAAAGCCAGCUCUGCAGAGAACACUGAGAGCGCAUCGGUUGUGAAAAGUCUGUCCCUCCCCUCGGCUUCCCUGCCAAUGAAACUGGUGAGCUUGGAAGAAGCGCAGGCACGGAGUCUGUCUGCCUCCCACCCUGCUCGGAAGGAGAGGAGAGAGAACAGCUUGCCUGAAAUUGUCCCUGUAACUGGCUCUCUCUUCCACACCGUUGUUGACCUCCCUGACAGCAAGAGAAAAUUAUCUACCAAGUCCAAGAAAUGGAAGUCGAUAUUUAACUUGGGCCGUUCUGGCUCUGAAUCGAAGUCUAAACUGAGUCGAAAUGGGAGUGUCUUCGUAAGGGCACAGAAGCUCUCUGAAAAAGCGACUAUUCGUCCCGCGAAGAGCAUGGACUCGCUGUGUUCCCUGCCAGUGGAAGGGGAGGAUGAAAAGAGCAGAUUCAAACGGACAGUGACUACGGGAGGGUUUUUUGUUCCAGUGAUAAAGAUGCGGACAGGAGGCACGGGCAGCUCAUACGACCUCAGCAAGGAGAAUGAGUGGGAGCGGGAAGGAUCUGCCAUGGGGGCCAAAGGAAGCUCAGAGCUGAGUGGGGAGAAAGGUCCUCCCCGGACACCACAGGCAAAGUCACCCCCUGAGCAGCUGAAGGUCUUCCGGGCGGCAGAGGACGCCGAAAACGAGCAGACUUCCCCCAAAGGUGGCCGCAUGUUCUACACCUCUGAAACAGCCACCAAGUCAGGCUUCCCAAGUAGCCUCUUUCCUUUGGAGGCCUCCCCUCGUCACCAGAGGAAAGCCCUGAACAUCUCAGAGCCUUUCGCCGUCUCUGUCCCCCUGCGGGUAUCCGCGGUCAUCAGCACCAACAGCACACCCUGCCGCGUGCCUGCCAAGGAGAAGCCUUCCCUCUCCAGCCUAGAGGAGCUGUCUUCCCUGGUGGCCGAGAGCACAAGUCCCUCUGCUCCGGAAGCGGGGACCCACACGAGGACAGAGCAGGUGCCGGAGGGGAAGGAGAAACAGCCAGGGCCCACCCUGCCAGCGGCAGCAUCCGGAGUUAAAAGCUCUAACCCUGAGGAGCUGAUGGCAGCCAGGAAACCCGAGUCCUCAGAAACUCCACAGCCAGCAGCAGAAAAUCAGGAGACGUUAUGUGGGCAAAGCAGCUGCACAAGCAGCACCAGUAGUCCCCGGCAGUCCUCAGAGCAGAGUCCCACCUUGGAACAAACACCAGAGGUUCACACGGGGCCGCUGCCUGCAGACAAGGCAGAGCAAGGACAGCGCAAGACGAAGGAUGUCUCCUCAGAAGGCAGCUGUGGCCAGCAGGAGAUUGAGACAGUUAAGACAGAAAAAGGGUCACACUUAAGAGAUGUGACUGAGGAGGACCCUGCAAAUGCUCUUCUAGAACCGCUGUGGCCAGAGAUACAGCAGGAACUGAAAAUUAUCGAACCUGAAGAGGAGCUCUUGCUCUUGCCAGCAACUGUCCCCAAGAUGGGCCAAAUUUCUGAACCCUCUUCUUCAGUACAAACAGGUAGUUCUUCCUCUGGCCCAGGGCAGCGUCCAACGCUGUCUGAGCAGAAGUCUACAAGUAGAACACCACAGAUAACAACCCAAGUGCCUUUGUUUGGUGCCACCGGCACGGAACGACAAGACAGCCUCCACAACUGCCAGUCUGAUGUGGUUGCACAGCAGAGCUGUGCUUCAGCCUCACUCAAACUGGGUACUCUUCCAAUUGGCACAGCCACUUCAAAGAACCACCACCCAGUGGUGGACAGCAGGAGUGAAUGUCUCACUCCUUGCCUGGACUGGAAGCUUCACAGUCAAUCAGAAUUUAAUGAGGUUGUCCCAGAUGAUGAGUUUUCUUGUUCCAAAGGAGCAUGUCCAGAGUCAGCAAGAGAAAAAGAUAGCACUUGCCAGCUGCAGAGGGAUAAGGAUGGUCUUACCAGAGUCCAGACUCAGAGGGAAAAGCCUGAGAUAAUGACGGCUGAUGAAAGGGACACAUUUUCCUCCACGGCACUGAGCGGAGCUGGAAUCCAGGAGCUGAAGGAGGCUAACGCUGCUAGCAGAACCCAUGAUGCUGGUGACCAGGAUGAUGAGGAUACCUGGACAGAUAAUGUGCAGAGUUUAGAACUUGUGGAGCCAUGGGAGGAUCACCAGUGGGUUACAAGCCCACUCCAUUCCCCCACCUUUAAGGACAUUCAGGAGAAGAUGUUACAGGAGUUUCAGCCACAGAGCCAGAGAGCAGAGACAGGCCUUUCUCUUAGACCACGAUUCAGUCGCAGCCUCUCCCUCGACAGUAAAGACACAGUGAUGAGUCUGUGGACUAUCCCAUUCUCUUUCCUAGAUGCCACUGACCAGCAGCAACCAUGCAUUGACAUUCUCCCAGUGACUUGUGAGCUGCCCAAAACACAACCCACCUCCUCCUCUAGUUUGGGCAAAGUUAAGCAAGAUGAGAACAGCACAAGUCCUCCAGAAGAACCUCCAAAACAUGAGAAGCUGAGAUACCCCCUCAGCAGGGAGGAGGCACUAGCUGAGAAAGAAGGACCCUCCAGAAUCCCUUUUUUGGAGCCAGAGGAUAGGAAAGUGGAUGUGAGCAAAGAAAGUUCUUGGAGAUCAAAGCUUGAGCUGUCUUUGCCAUAUCAAAAUAGCCCAGGCAGUUCUUCACAGGCAAAGGACACAAAGGAGGAGUUAUCCAUGUCUCAGGACACUGCCCUGGGAGGAGAGACUGUUACCAAAGAAUUGUGCUCUGCCACUGAGCCACAGCUGAGUAAUAAAGGUGAAGAAACACCUCGCAAAGUGAAGACUAGGCCAUCAUCCCUCAACUUGGAUUCACUCCUUCCAGCACCAGAUUUCUUCACGUUCGAGAACCUGUCCAUGCCCUCUGCCCCUCGGAACCUCCUGUGUGGGCAGAAGGAAGUCAAAAGCAGCGAUUCUGUCCCAUCCCUGCCGACUGCCUGCCCUGUUGCCAGUAAAGGCGUUCCCUGGGGGUCACAUUUCAAUGCCCACGUGGAUCUAGACUUGGAUUACCUGGCAGUGGCCCAUGCCACCACCGGCCGUCGUAACUCUGCCCCUGUCAGUGUGUCCGCGGUCAGGACCUCCUUCAUGAUUAAGAUGUGCCAGGCUAGGGCAGUGCCUGUGAUACCACCCAAAAUUCAGUACACCCAGAUCCCCCAGCCCCUGCAGGCUCAGAACACUGCUCCGCCGACCGAGAAGAAGGAAGCAGAAGCCAAGCAGGCCGUCAGGCAGACUCAACAGGUGGCAUGGAGCCACCUGGAGGUCCCUAAGAGCCCAUUGAUGGAGAAGAAAGCCAAAGCAGAGAAAGAAAACAGUGACCCAGCUCAAAAGGACUCAGCUUGUCCUUGGCACAGCAGUCUUGGCUCUCCACUGGAGCCAUCCCCAUCCAGUCAUUACCCUGCUAUGGAUGCCCCUGUUCUGCGCCGAAAGCGCACCUCUGAGGGGGAGGCAGCUGGAGAUAACCCACAGUCCUCAAAGAUGGAGAGGCCAUCAGGGUUCUCCAAACCUUCCUAUAGAUCUAGGCCUGGGAGGCCCCAGAGUCUGAUUCUCUUCAGCCCCCCUUUCCCCAUUAUGGACCACCCCUCCUCUUCAGCAGACUCCAGGGUGUUGUUAUCACCCAUAAGGAGCCCCACUCAGACCACCUCUUCGAGCCCCAUUUGUGGCGAUCUGUCUGAGACUGCGCGGACAACACCUGAGGGGGUGACUCUGCGGAACAAAAUGACCAUCCCCAAGAAUGGCCAGAGACUGGAGACCUCUACCAGCUGCUUUUACCAGCCCCAGAGGCGCUCUGUGAUUCUGGAUGGACGAAGUGGGAGGCAGAUCGAAUAG